CCUUACAAUAAAUGUAAGUUACCAAGUCUCGCUACAUGGAAGCCAACAUAUCUCGAAACUCUAAAGGUUGUAGGUUAUACCCCAGGUCAGGCUCAAGGUAGUGCUCUCCCUGUUACCUUUCACAAGGAUCGCCCGUAA